AAAGAUAAUGAUAAGAAUAAAUUUACGAUUUAUUAAAAAUACAAUUAUAUAUUCUCGUUAAAAAGAAACAAUAUUACAAAUAUUUAAUUAAUAAAUUAAAUUAUACGUGUACGACAUAAUUAUUGUUAAUCUUAAGCUUCAAUAAUUAAGAAAAAAAAUCUCUCAAAUUUACGCUCGCGACAAAAAUCUUAAUUUUUCGCUUGACCCCUUUUAUCACCACCCCCAAUCGAACUUAACAAAAAAAAACAAUGUAGAGUCGCGUCACCGUUUCCGGAACCGAGGAAUUAACCGCGAAGGAUUUUCCUUUCGAUCGGGCCGCGGUCUCGCUAUCGGCUGUUUACGUCUCGUUUCGUCUGUCCUCGAUGUCGAUAUUGGUCGUCGAAACCCGUAGUGCUCGGCGGCGUGUCGUGUCGAUCGCACGUGUGUGUCUCUCGCGUGUGCGUGACGAUUUUCACAAUUCCAUCCCCCCUCUCCACCAUCUGCACCACCUCUUGCCCAUCAUCCUUGCUUCCGUCGCUUACGAACUCCGUCGCAUCUCUCCAAAAAAAAAAAACGAUCGUCGAACCGCGAUCCGAACGGCAAAUUUUUGCUCGAGGCGGAGGAGGGGGGAGGAUAGCGAUAGAAAUUGAUAGAAUAUAUCGCGAUACGAGAUCAAGAAUCGAAGAGAAAAGGGAAGAAAGAGAGAAAAAGAAGGUGGACCUCCAGAAGAGGCGGCGUGAAAUCACCGGUAUUCUUCCUGGCGGGAGACGACACGUGGUUUCUGCAGGCACGCGGCUCCCUACUCUCCACCACGAGUUCCUCGUCCACGCUGGACGCAAUCAGCCGAUCCUCAAAGCGCGACCGGUAGUCGUACCGCGUGCACGUGGAGCUCUCCCAUCAACCGAUUAUCGCCGAUCGAUCUCCGUCUCGUCCACGCAGCAGGAUCUAACGUCCAGUUGGCGCGUGAUCUCGCCGGGAUCCCUGGCGACGAUGAUCUAUGACCCCGAUCGAGCCGUCGUAAUUGGAACCGUCGGGAAAGCUUCUCGGCAUCGAUAGAAUCGCGUACUGUGAAUCGACUUCCGUGGAAAAGCCGUGGGUCGGUCCGUGGUGAAUCACGAAUCUUUGGGGGCCGGCCGACCAUCCAGUCAUCCGGCCAGACUGGAUCCGACCGGAUUUCACCUUUCGACCAGAAGAACAGGGAUACAGGGUGGUUCCUCGGAGUUCAGUGGCACAUGUGAUCGUGAUCGGAGAGAGAGCCGCUCCAGUGUUCUCGCGCGGGGGCCAGCAGCGGUUUUUGUCCUCCAGUUUUGGAUCCUGAGGAAUGGACGGCCAAGAAUGAAGAAAGGGUGAACGUUCGGCUGCGUAGAACGUGAGAGAGAGAGAGAGAGAGAGAGAGAGAGAGAGCUGCUUCAAAUCGGGGAUCAGGAUGCGGUGGAUCGGUUACGUGGCCACAAUUCUCUGGUGGUCGGGCAUCGCCAGGUCCCUGAGCACGCUGAAUCGAGGUUACAAAAUCACCCCGAAACCCUGUCGAGCCCCGGGUCCAGAGUCCAAGGAGGGCACCUGCAUGUUCGUGUGGGAGUGCAUCAAGUCUGAGGGCACGCACGUAGGCGUGUGCGUGGACACGUUCAUGUUCGGCAGUUGCUGCGUGCACAACACGACGACGAACGCGAUCACCGCCUCCAAUCACCAUCAUCAUCACCACCAUCAUCAUCAACAAGCAUCCUCUUUGGACCCAUUGAGGCCGACCCUGGCCGAGGCGCUGGGCAACGAGUCGACCAGGCCCACGCUCACCUCCCUCUCCAGCUUCCUCGUCACGGACACGAGCACCGCCAGGCCGAGUUACCAUCCAUCCGAGACGCUCGAGUCUUCCGGAGGGUCCGGCAGACCGCACAAACCGCUGCCGGCCGGUUCCGCUAGGCCGCUGCAAAAAAGACCGCACGCGAAACCCGCGAACGAUCACAAGGACAGGAUCCAAACCUCUGCGAUUCCCGCCUCCUCGUCGAAUUUCUGGGAGAAAGGGUCUCAGAGUUCCCCAGAAAUUUGGGAGAAAGACUCUCAUAGCACCAAAAGACCAGGAUCCUCUGAUUCUUGGGAGAAGGGUUCUCAGAGCACCAAGAGACCGAGCUCUCCUGAAUCUUGGGAUAAGGAAUUUCAAAGUACCAAGAGACCAGGAUCCUCUCAAGUUUGGGAGAAGAACACUCAUAGCACCAAAAGACCAGCAUCCUCUGAAGCUUGGGAGAAGAAUACUCACAGCACCAAAAGACCAGGAUCAUCUGAAGUUUGGGAGAAGAACACUCAUAGCACCAAAAGACCAGGAACUUCUGAAGUUUGGGAAAAGAAUACUCACAGCACCAAAAGGCCAGGAUCCUCUGAAGCUUGGGAGAAGAAUACUCACAGCACUAAAAGACCAGGAUCCUCUGAAAUUUGGGAGAAGAAUACUCAUAGCACUAAAAGACCAGAAUCCUUUGAAGUUUGGGAGAAAAACACUCACAAUACCAAAAGACCAGGAUCCUCUGAAGUUUGGGAAAAGAAUACUCACAGCACCAAAAGACCAGGAUCCUCUGAAGUUUGGGAGAAGAAUACUCACAGCACCAAAAGACCAGGAACCUCUGAUGUUUGGGAGAAGAACACUCAUAGUACCAAAAGACCAGGAUCCUCUGAAGUUUGGGAAAAGAACACUCUUAGCACAAAAAGACCAGGAACCUCUGAUGUUUGGGAGAAGAACACUCAUAGUACUAAAAGACCAGGAUCCUCUGAAGUUUGGGAAAAGAACACUCAUAGCACAAAAAGACCAGGAACUUCUGAAGUUUGGGAGAAGAAUACUCACAGCACAAAAAGACCAGGAACUUCUGAAGUUUGGGAGAAGAAUACUCACAGCACCAAAAGACCAGGAACCUCUGAAGUUUGGGAGAAGAACACUCAUAGCACCAAAAGACCAGGAUCCUCUGAAGCUUGGGAGAAGAACACUCAUAGCACCAAAAGACCAGGAUCCUCUGAAGCUUGGGAGAAGAACACUCAUACCACCAAAAGACCAGGAUCCUCUGAAUCUUGGGAGAAAGGAUCUCUGAGCACGAAGAGACCGAGCUCUUCUGAAUCUUGGGAAAAAGAGUUUCAAAGUACCAAAAGACCAGAAUUACCUAAUAUUUGGGAAAAGGGUUCUCAGAGCACUAGGAGUCCUGGAUCCUCUGAAAUUUGGGAAAAGGGAUCUCAAAGUACCAAAAGACCUGCAUCUUCUGACAAUUCAGAAAAAGGAUCUCAAAGCACGAAAAGACCUCUGUGGGAGGAGAAUAAUCAGGAUACGAAGAGACCUGGUCAUCAUGACUUCUCGACUCUUCAAAAGCCGAGACCGGAAAGUAACCAACACACGGUUGUCAAAGAGAAAGACACGACGCACGAAGGCUUUCAGAAUCAUCAUCAGGGAUACAAAGAUAAGAUAGAUACGGGACUCAAUACAUUGGUGAUUAGGUUACCUGGAAAAGAGCAUGCGUCUAGCGAAGAUGAAGGCAUCAGGCCCAACAGGCCUAAUAACCAAAGACCAUCCGAGUCGAGGCCCGACGAUAGUAAAACGGAGGACGCUGAUUUGAGCGUUCAGGAAUCGAUUCAUAGACCGAGUGUUAAUUCGGUUGAUGAAAAUGAAUCAGCCAAGGAUCCUCACCCGAGCUUGAACUUCAUUCACACGGAACGUCCACAAUGGGCUACCAAACCGGUAUCCCCUAAACCGACCACAGACUUCUCGAAACCGUACUUCUCGAUCAAGACGACAACUUAUCGACCGAUCCUGAUGAACGAGCAACCGGAUACCAGGCCGAACUUCGUCUCGAAACCCAAUGGCCCGAGCACAGCCGUGAAAACUUCGACCACAAUCAGACCGUCACACUUGAGCGGUCAAUCCACCACCAGCGCAGCCGGAUCCUUGCCACAAACCUCUCAUUGGCAUGUGACCACUGAACCGGUGUUCGUCACGAAGCAGAGACCGUCCUUGUCCACCAAGCCGAUGAGUUCGCUCGAGACGGUCAAACCGUUGACCAGUAGCUCCCAUUUCUGGUCAGAGAACAGUUGGACACCGCCAAGGCCGUCCUUGAAACCGCAUUGGACGGACAAUCCUAGCCUCCUUCAGAAUGGACCUGAAGCGUUUCCACCACGGCCGAGCUUCAAACCGACCGAACCACAAGAAAACACGGAGUUCCACAAGCCGCUCGGCGCCGCGCAUUACAUCACCACGUCCCACUUCGAGACCUCCGCAAGGCCCAGACCCACGAAGAAAACCACCACGUCCACCACAACCACCACCAGUACCACCACCAGUACCACCACCACCAGUACCACCACCACCACGACCACGACCACCACGACGACCACCACGACACCAAAACCCGAUACGACCGUGUCCACGACCGAGGCGAUCGCGAAAACUGGAUCGGUGUUGACCGUCUCUGCCGCGACCGAGAGCAAGGGCAUGCAGUGCGGGGUACCGCCUCUGUUUCCACGACCCGAGACCAGGAUCGUUGGAGGCAAGGACGCGCCGUUCGGUCGAUGGCCUUGGCAGGUAUCCGUCAGGCGCACCUCGUUCUUCGGCUUCUCGAGCACCCAUCGAUGCGGCGGCGCGGUGUUGAACGAGAACUGGAUCGCGACCGCGGGACACUGUGUCGAUGACCUGUUGACCUCGCAGAUCCGGAUCAGAGUAGGCGAGUACGAUUUUUCGUCGGUGCAAGAGCGAUUACCGUACGUGGAACGCGGCGUGGCCAAGAAGGUGGUCCAUCCCAAGUAUAAUUUCUUCACUUACGAAUACGACUUGGCGUUGGUUCGAUUGGAAAGCUCGUUGACCUUCGCCCCGCAUAUCUCGCCGAUUUGUCUGCCGGCCACUGAUGAUCUUCUCAUCGGCGAGAACGCGACCGUCACCGGUUGGGGAAGGUUGAGCGAGGGUGGCACCCUGCCAUCCGUGUUGCAAGAGGUUUCCGUGCCCAUAGUGAGUAACGAUAGGUGUAAGUCAAUGUUCCUGAGGGCUGGGAGACACGAGUUCAUACCGGACAUCUUUCUUUGCGCCGGAUACGAGAGCGGGGGCCAAGAUUCUUGUCAGGGCGAUUCGGGUGGACCUCUGCAAGUGAGAGGGAAAGACGGCCGAUAUUUCCUCGCGGGUAUCAUAUCCUGGGGGAUCGGAUGCGCGGAGGCGAAUUUACCAGGGGUGUGCACGAGGAUCUCCAAGUUCGUUCCAUGGAUCCUGAAGAACGUCACUUGACCCUGUUUCCGAUCCAUCGUCUGGUCACGGGACCUCGUCGAGAGAUUGACGAACCGAUUCGCCGGUGUCCGAGCACUUAAAACGUAACUCUAAACGUUUCUUCGGAUAUUUCUUAACCAAGGAGUAACAGAGAGAAUCACUGCCAAAUAAGACGUAAGACUUGUCGAAAGAGAAAAGGAACACGAGGAUUCUCAUUUCUCCUCUGAAGAUAAAAUGUAAAAAGAGGAAAGGAAAUGGUGUAAGGAAAUGAGAGUUCGUGUCGUAUCGUAGACAGAAGUUUGAGAAACUGCUCUCUCAAAGACUGCCGCUUUGAAAGCGAAGCCAAUCAAACACAGAUCGCGCGAGGCUGUGGAAAAGAAAGAGAUCGUUCUUCGAGAACAACGAACAAACUCGCGCUCAACCAGGACUGUAUUUAUAUAUAAAUAUAUAAAUAUAAAUAAGAUAAUAUAUAUAUAUAUAUUUUUUGAACGAGCUGUUGACUCGUCUGUCAGUUUUUGCCAGCCUGUACAUGAAUAUAUAAAAAAAGAAGAGAAUUAAGUUGAAAUUGGCUUGACGUUGAAAAGGCCUGCGGAAAGGAUUAUAUGAAUAAUUAAAAGAUAUCGGCAGUUUCAGCAGCAAGCCCACGAUUAUGCAUUUAUCUACCAAGUUGUAUAGCGAAUUUUGUAAAAUGCUAAAUUCUUGCCCAUCGCCUCUAAAUAUCCUCUAUUAAUCGAAGAAUUAAAUUAAAAUUCUGUCUUUCUUUCACUCUCUUUCUCUCUCUUUUUCUCUUCAUUCCUUUUUUCUUUCUCUCUCUCUCUCUCUCUCUCCAUUCUCUCUCCAUUCUUUAUUUACAAAGUACGGAUAUUUUUGUACAGACAUACAUCGUGUACUUAAAGGUAGGUGUGUGCAAACUAGGAAAGAUUUAAUAAAUAUAAAUAUAUAUAUGUGUAAUUGUUUAUAGAUAUAUAUAACAAUAUUUAUAAGUAUGUCAAAUAAACGUAUGUUUAUUAUUA